ACGAUAUCGAAGACGGCGGUCGACCGGCACGGCGGCACAAACCCUACGUGGAACCACAAAUUCGAGCUCCACGUGGACGACAAGUUUCUGGGUUCGAAAUCGUCGGAGAUAAAGUUUGAGAUCUACAAUGUGGCCUGGCUGCGUGACCUCCCUGUGGGCACCGCCAGCCUGGUUGUAAGCGGCGUUUACCCUCCCCUUUCGGUAAAGAAUCCGGCCAUGCGGCCCCUCGCCCUCCGCCUUUGUCGUCCAACAGGGCAUUUGCAGGGUAUUCUGAACGUCGGUGUACGUUUGAAAGACAAUAACGUCCCACGACCAGAGCCUACCGCCGGUGAGCCAGUGCUAGAUGGAUAUGGGAACCAAAAGAACAAGAAUGAGGUGUUCUCAGUAUCGCCGAAUACCCAUGUGACAAACCACCCGCCACCGUCAGCUUCAUCGUUCGCGGCUGGGGACUACUUCGGAGGUGACGGUGACGAUUACCCUGUUGCCAGGAGCUCCAUAUUUGAGGCUUGUAUUAUUCGGGCUGAAGCGCCCGGAGAAACAAAGGAUGAAUUUUUUCCAGUGACGGAAGACGACGAUAAUGGUAGCUGUAGGCUUAUUGGAAGUACUGGGAGGAAUAAUAAUAAGAAUCUUUAUAGAAGAAGUCACUCGUCGGACGGGAUGAGAUUGAUCUCCUGCUCAUGCAUGAAACUUAGGUUUGUUUGAUGCCGACCAGGUUCCGGCCGGUCAACUUUGACUAUUUUUUCUAGCUUGGUCCCUCCGGUGCAAAUGGUUUUGUGCGAUGAAAGAUGGCGUUUAUACUUGGGCUAUGCAUGUUUGCCACAAUGAAGCUGGGGGCAAAUAUCUGAAUUAGGGGCUAUUGUCUGAAUCAGAAACUAUUGUCUGGAGCUGAAUUGUGAAGUGCUGAAACUGAAUUUCUAGCUGAAUGGAGUAGUCCCGUUUGACAAAAACAACUGAAAAGUGUUGGAGAUUAAUCAGUUUUACAGAAACAUUCCAUAUAAAUUAUAUGGCGCCUGAUCCAAGGGUUGUAGAUGCCUUCAAUGCUAUGAAGAGCUUGGGCCUUCAUUCAUCAGUUGUUAAACCAGUACUCAGGAAGCUACUAAAUUUGUAUGGUCACAAAUGGGAACUCAUACAAGAGGAUAAUUAUCGCACGCUUGCAGAUGCAAUAUUUGAAGAUGCGGAGGAUAAGCCUCCAGACAAUGAAAAUCAUUCUAGAACAAUGGAUGUGGUGGGACCUUGUAAGAAACUGAAAUGUUUGGACAAUGGUGGGACCUUGGAUGAGGAUCAGGUUUUUUCAAUGAUGGACAAUGGAAGUAUCCAUUCAAAUUUUGAAAUGUUUGGAUCAAAUCCAAAGAAUUCAUUGGUGGAUAGAGGAACAGAUCUUGUUUUCGUGGAUGAAUCUAAUCAAAUCCUGCCCAAUACUUGUCUUGCUCCAAAUAUAUCUCCAGUUGUUUCAAACAAAUUGGAUAACAGUUCUACCAGACAGCCCAAACCUGCAAGACAUCAUGCAACCGAAUGCCGUACAACCAUCAACCAAGUAGGUUCACCAUCAUUUGAUUUCCGGACCAACUUGCAUAGUAUUUCUGAUAUAGUUUCGUCUUCCUGUGGAAGGGUUAAACUUUAUCUAAGAUGUGAUAGUUUCUCUGCACAACCCAACCACUUCAGUCCAAGUAUCAAUGACGUUCUAAAAUUGGUGGAGGACAAUUACACUUCAUGUAAAAGUGAUGACUUCCAGUUUUCUAUAAGGAAGAUACUAAAAGAUGUAUGUGAAGGUUAUUUGGAACUGGCUAAUAAUCCUUUUGUGAGAUUUCUUGAGGAAAAAUCCACCAACAGUUGUCUUUCCGAUAGAGAAUCUCUAAGAGUGGACCAAUCUAAAAGACAAUCAAUGACAAAAGCUUCAAGCUCUAAUUCUUCAUCUUCACUCAGUUUAGUUGCACGACCUCAACCCAUGAGUCGUGGUAAGAAAAAAGAUUUCAAGAUCUAUGAUAUAACAAAUGGUAAUGAGGCAGUGCGUAUUUCUUUGCUGGACAGAAUUGGGAUAGGAGGAAGACCUAAUUUUUUUUAUAUUAGGGAAAAUACAGUCUAUCAAAGUGCAUAUGUACAGUUUUCACUGGCUCGUAUAGCCGAUGAUGAUUGUUGUGGAAAGUGUGAAGGAGACUGCCUCUCACACUCGGUACCCUGUGCGUGUGCACGUGAAACUGGAGGAGAAUUCGCUUACACAUCAGAAGGGAUUCUCAGAGAAGAGUUUCUUCGAGAUUGUAUAUCAAUGUAUCAAGAACCUCAGAAGCAUUACAGUUUUUACUGUGAAGAUUGCCCAUUAGAGAGAGCUAAGAAUACUCGUAGGCCAGAAAAGUGCAAGGGCCACCUAGUAAGGAAGUUUAUCAAAGAAUGCUGGAGAAAAUGUUGCUGCGAUAUGAGUUGUGGAAACCGUGUUGUACAGAGAGGAAUAACACGAAGAUUGCAGGUGUUCUCUACGAGUGAUGGUAAGGGCUGGGGUGUUCAAACACUAGAGGAGUUGCCAAAAGGAGCAUUUGUGUGCGAGUAUAUUGGGGAGAUAUUAACCAACAUUGAGUUGUAUGAGCGUAAUCAAGAAAGAAGUAGGAAUCAAAGGCACACGUAUCCUGUCUUAUUAGAUGCUGAUUGGGGUUCAGAAGGAGUUCUCAAGGAUGAAGAUGCACUUUGUUUGGACGCAACAUACUAUGGAAAUGUUGGCCGAUUCAUAAACCACAGGUGCUUCGAUUCGAAUUUGAUUGAGAUACCAGUUCAGAUUGAGACUCCUGACCAUCACUACUAUCAUAUUGCAUUUUUCACAAAACGAAAAGUGAAUGCAUUAGAAGAGCUAACAUGGGAUUAUGGGAUUGAUUUCAAUGAUUUAGAUCAUCCCAUCAAAGCAUUCAAAUGUUGCUGUGGAAGUGCAGGUUGUAGGGAUCGAAAAGGAAAAGGAGUUGUUUCAAAAAACACGCAGUUCAAGGAAGCUGCAAGCAGGUCUUGAUGACCGAGCAGACGACACACAUAUCUGCCUUUGUUACUCCUGAAACUUCAUCUGGUCUGGUUUUGAUUCUAAUGUUAAAAAAGGUUUUUUUAAUCAAAUAGUUAGUUCUACUUAUCAGAAAAGGAGAAUGUUCAUGGGACCCAACCAUCACAAAGCUUUGGGGGCCUCCACCAAUUAGAAAAAGUUUCCAGCUGAAGAGUAAAUGUAAUACACGCUUCAAUUCUUUUUUCCUCCUAUGUAGAUAAAAUCAUUUUUUAUGCUUUUCAAAAGAGAAAGGUUCAAGGGUAUAGGCCAGCCGGCCAGGUGAUGGUGAUGCUAUAACCGCCGCUUAAGUAAAUAAAAAAUAUCACACACUAACUGACUAACAUGCUCGGCCGCUCGGGCUUGUGAUCGAGGUCAUUUCUCAAGGGACUAUACAUGCCGGGCUAAUUAUUUGUUGCCAACUUUUUUGCUGUCAAAUUUUUGUAAAUAAGCUACGUCCUCCAAAUACGCAAAAGUAUAAAUGCAGGUUUGUGUUUUAUUAUAGUGGGCUUGGUUUUAAAUCAUAAGGGGCUUCAAUCUUUCACAUAGCGAAAGUCACAAAUAAUAGGCAAAUACAAUUAGGCAUCAACUUGAUGUUUGAAACCUGGCCUCUCAAAUUCAAUGGACGAUCCGCACCCAUUCCGCCCUUUGUCACCUUUUGAGAUCCAUGAGAUGAUAUCAGAAGGGGUCAUUCUAACAAAAAAUUUGAUGCAUUUUGAUACAUGUAAUUAAAUGAAGCUGAGGAGUAAAAUAUGAUUACUAAAUACUUAUAUCAUGAUUACGAAUAGCAUGUUCAUAUCUGAUUCGAUUGGUUUUACUAAAUAAACAAGAAACCAAACACAUACUUGAGUUAGUCAUCAAAAUUCAAAAUAUAUCAGUUUCAUUGCAACAUAAUGACCUUAUCAACUUGGUAACAUAAUCGACUACAAUUUGUUAUCACUAAAUCAUGUGAAAUACAAGUUAUUAAGUAUAAUUAUUUUAAAUGUAUUCUAAAACAAAAAUACUUUUUUUGUACACACUAUUUUGGUGUACACACUUUUACACAUGUCUGUGUAGGUUUUUUUUUUUUUUUUUUUUUUUCUAAUUUGGUUUCGUAGAUUUUAUAAACGUGAACAAAUGUCUACUUAUUCAUUUGACUAUUGGUGAACACAAUGUUUAUUCGUACAUUUAUAACAGCUCCCUAAAGAAAACGAGCACUUGAGAUUUUAAAUCAAAAUGGGAUCAGCCAUGCAUGUAUUUUUGCCGCAUUAAUUUUCAUUCCCAUUCCAGAAUCAGCGGCUAUUCCAAAUCUAUAAUUUCCUUAAAUAAUACGGAGUAAAUAAUUACCCUCCGACUUAGUCUGUAAUACUGUAAUCAUCGGUUAUGGAGUUAGAGUACAUACUACAUACAUAACAUUCAAACAUUUUCUUGCCCUCUUGCUAUAGCAUUUAUUUACAAACAAAUGGGAUUGUGAGUAAAAGAAUGGAUGAAGGGGAAGAAAGGAAGGAGAUCACGAGUUUGAGUUACAAUGAUAUUGGAGAUGAAAGGCUGAAGCUGAUUGAUAUAUCUUCAGAGGAUGAUUUCCUCAUCGCUUCUCCUUUAUUUGAAUCUCUUGAAGAUCUUAGACUUUCUGUGACGUGGGAUAAACUUGGAGACAACGAAUGCUUCAAAUUUGGAAACUCUUCUUCCAAUCAUGGUGCUACACAAUGCAACUUUCCGCCUCAAUCUGGAAGACCCAGUUACUUGCGUAGGAGUUUGGCUUGGGAUAACGCCUUCUUUACCAGUUCUGGAGUUUUAGAUCCUGAUGAACUAUCACUCAUAAACAAAGGUGCCAAUUUCCAGCCACCUUCCCAACAAGAUGCACAUAUAAGAACUGAUAAUACAUCUGUUAAAACCACCGGCAAAAUGACCCGAGCGGUUUCAAAAAGAGACCAUGCAGCAAAUAAUCAAAGACCAUCAGAAGAGAAAUUUAAAAUCAAGCAGCCUAAAGUACCAACAACUGCAAAGAAAUUUGCUUUUGGGAGUUUAUGCAGUAUUUCAUCUCGUUUCUCCUCAUCAUCAUCAUCAACUCCGGCUGUUUCUUCAUCUGUUUGUGUUUCUUCCUUCGCAACGAAAGAGUCAACCUCUCAUGUUGACAUGUUAUUCAAACGUUCUUCCUCCACAAAAGCCUCUUCCACCCUUUUCAAAGACAGGCUAGGAUCAGGAAAAAAUAUAUCAUCAAUAUCAUCAACAUCCAACCUUAAUAGUCAGAUUAGUUUGGACAGUGCAGAUUCUCCUCACCAAGUUACUGACACUGAUCUAAAUGUCACACCAAGAAGAUCUGACAUGAUCAGUUCUUCUCAAGAAGCUACUGAUAAGAAGAUGAACUCGAAACCUUCUCGUCUUCGUCUUCCAUCUCCUAAGAUCGGGUUUUUUGAAGAGUAUGUUGCUAUCCAUCCAUGCAUUAUAUUGCAGGUGGUGUUACCAAAAGCAAAAGGACUUUUGAAGUUUCAGAUAGGAAAGGGAAGCAAAUCUUCUGUAGACCGAACUCCAGGCGGGAAUAAUGGGAAACAUCAGAAGCCCAAAGUUUCUUCUUCUUUAUCAACUCAGCCCAGAAGUGCUCCAUCUUUGAGGAGGCUAAACAGUACUUCUAUGUUACCCUCUCAAAGAUCAGUAGAGAUUGAUAGGGAGAAAAUUUGCAAGUGGAGAAAAGUUGGGUUUGGGGAGCAUGAAAGGAGAAGCGGGACAGGGAUGGAACCCACAAGUAUGAUCAAGAGAGAUGAGAGGAGACUGAAAGGGAAGUUGAGCCAUGAGAGUGGGAGAAGAUGCCAGAGAGGAGGAGAUCAAGUAAGUAUGGAGGAGGGAGUGAAUGACUUAAGCAGGAGGUUUGAGACGAUUGAUUUGUGGGACGAUUUGAAGACGAUAAGGGCGGGUGAAGGAGGAGGAGGAGGAGGAGGAAACAAGGAAUGUCGGCCUUCUCGCUGUAUAUCUAGAAGCAGAACCCCACUUGCUGAGAAAACAAGAACCAGUCUCUGCAUUAAUCAUAAUGCAGGAAAUCCACCAGUUUUCCCUUCUUAUUCUCAACAAUGCUUCAACACUGACAAAGAGAACAUCUGAUUGCUAUAUAUUUGCAAUAUUGCUUUUAUUUCUUUGGUUUGCUUGCUGAUAUACCUUGAGUAUUUAAUUACUUUUAAAAGGGGUUUCACAUUCUUUU